AUGAAAGCGAGCGCGUACAACGUCUACCUGGGAGUCGUGGCGGCCAUAUUGGCUCUACUAUUCGUCACAAUUAAUGCUGCACCAAUGGAGGCGGACGACGAGACCGCCGAGAACACCCUUGUGGCGCAUCCGGAUGGUGACAUGGAGCUCUCAGGCCCCUGGGAUGCUAUCAACACUGCCGCUCUACGCAAACUGCUGCUGCAACUUGACGCAGAGGACAGGAUGGGCAGGGUGACCCGCUCGUGGCCACAAGCUGAGCCCCGCGGCUGGGGUCUUCGGGCGCUUGACAGCCGUCUGGCACGGCAGUGGAAGGCAGACAAGCGGCAGGUGCGAUUCCGCCAGUGCUACUUCAACCCAAUCUCCUGCUUCCGCAAGUGA